AUGGGACGUGGCUGGCCACGCAAAACGGCGGCGCGCACUCCACUGGCGGUGGUACAUGUCUUCACACCAUCGUCUUCAUCACAUACAGGAAGUAGUGGCAACACUCAACGCAAAUUGGAUACGACAGAGACUAUCACACAAGUUCCAGUUCUGAAACCUAUCGUGGAAGAGCAGAUUCCACAGGUGAGCACAGAUGCAACUCCUAGUAUAGUUAAUGGGGAAGUGGAGGUUAGUAUAGAAACUCAGGAUAUUGAAUCUGAACUUCAGUAUUGGGAGGAUGCGCUUGUGAUGUAUGUCAUAGGAGAAGAUCUAUCUAUGAAUGCUGUUAGGAAAUUCAUGACUAGCACGUGGAACUUUGUAUCUCUACCAGAAUUGUACUACAAUAAUGAAGGAUAUUUCAUUAUUAGGUUUAAUUUAAAGAGUGAUAGAGAUAUGGUGCUGCGGAGAGGUCCUUACACCAUUAAUAGAAAACCUAUGUUUCUCCAUGAAUGGAAACCAGAUUUUACUAUGAAGGAAGAUAUGAUUAGAACACUACCUCUAUGGGUUAUUUUUCCACAUCUACCAUUGGUAUAUUGGGGAGAGAAGAGCAUAGGGAAGAUAGCUAGUGCAUUGGGAAAACCAAUUACUACUGAUGAAUGCACGACCAAGAAAUUGAGAGUGUCUUAUGCUAGAGCCUUAAUUGAAAUAGAUGUUACAAGGGAGCUAAAAACAUACAUUAACAUUCGAGGACCAGGGGGAGAUCUUAUCAAACAGGAUGUGGAUUAUGAGUGGAGACCACCCUUUUGUAGUAAAUGCAAUCAGAUGGGGCAUGAGUGCAAAAAUAUCAUCAAGAAAGGGCCUGAUAAAGCAGAAAAAAGAUGGGAACCAAAACCAACUCAACAAGUCAUAGAGAAAGAAGAGGAUAAAGAUGUUACACAGGAACAACCACCAGAGCCUGUGCCAAAUGAAUCCCCUAGGGAUUGGAUUGAGGUGAAAUCUUCCAACAAAGGGAAAGGAGUUGACACUGGGUUAGGAAGCUCCACAGUAGACUGUCAGAACAUUUUUGCUAUCUUAGGUGGGACUAGCCUAGGAGAUUAA